AAGCGCUGCGGUGAGAGGUGUGAUGUCAGGCCUGAGCUCUCACAGCUCUGCAGACAAGUCUAAAGGGGGUGUUGAGGAGAUCAGAGGAGAGCGCUGAAAACUUCUGAGAAGCCCAAAGACCGCCACCAAACAUUCAAGAUUACAUCCCAUAAACAGAGCUGCAUUGUCACGCAACCCAACCAGAUAUACUUCUCAGACAUGGAGUCAAAAACCGAUGGUGGAGCAGCUUCGUUGACCAGCGAAGAACUGGCUGCUAUUCAGGAUGAAGAGGUUCUCAACAAAAUGCUGGACGAUGCAACAGAUUUCGAAGAGAGACGAACGAUUCGUGUUGCAUUGAGGGACCUGCUCAAGAAAAAGAGAGAUAAACGGGAGCAGGACCGAGGGGCGAGGCAGCAGGACUUGAGGCAGCAGGUUCUGAGCAAAGGAGGGACAACAGGCGCAGCUGUCAGCGUAGGCAGAGCUUCCAUGAACCAGCCAUCAACAAACAGAACAACAGGCCAGACCUCUCCAUCAGCCUCCACUCCCUUCAACAGGUCAGCAGGCAGCCAGGCCAGUCUCGCUGCAGCCUCAGCCCAGGAAUGUCCUGCUGCAGUACCCAACGCUAAAAAUGUCAAACAAAUGCUUCUGGAUUGGUGCAGGGCCAAAACGGAGCCAUAUGAGGGGGUGGACAUCCGGAACUUCUCCUCAAGUUGGAAAGAUGGCAUAGCCUUCUGUGCCUUGGUGCACCGGUUCUUCCCUGAUGCGUUCGAGUACUCCAUCCUCAACCCCAACUCGCACAGGGAAAACUUCCAGCUGGCUUUCAGCACUGCAGAGAGGAUGGCAGGCUGCCCCCCUCUGCUGGACGCUGAUGAUUUAGUCCGGAUGAAAGAGCCCGACUGGAAGUGUGUGUACACAUACAUCCAGGAGUUCUACCGCUGCCUGGUGGAGAAAGGCCUGGUCAAAACCAAAAAGCGGCUGUAGACUUUUGAGAAGUCAGACAGUACCUUAUGUGUGAUUUCAAUUUGUACAAUCAAAACACACAUUAACAUAAGAUGACACAAUAAUAUGCACCUUUUUUUUCGACUAAAUAUUUACAUUUUCUCUGUUAACCUACAUUUGCCAUGAGGGAAAAGGUUAAGUAUUUGAUCUGUCCAGCUGAUGCAUUAUGUGAAUGUGAACGUGAAUGUGAAUGUGAAUGUGAAUGCACAGUGUCUAAUGUGUAGUAUUUGUACUGGUUUACGUGUUAGCUGGGACUUAUGGGUGUCUAUGUGCUCUCAGUGGACAGCUGGCGCUUAGGAUCAGUGCAUUCCACUGAGAUUACACAUCUGCAUUAAUCCCAGUCAGAGCCGUAGAGAAUCUGGGAACAAAAUGUAUGAUGAUGCUGUUGAGGGCCCGACUGUGUGAGUAUUAAAGUCACAUUUAAAUAAUAAUAAUAAUAAAUAUCCAUAUAAUUGAUGGUUUAAUUUAAUGUUAAAGUAGAUAUAAAAACAUUUUAUGUUUAUGGUUAAAUCAGAAAGAGACCAUGGAGGUUACAAAUUGCAUUGUAUCAUAUUCAGCAACUUCUCAUGUUUUAUUUGAAACUAUUUUACCAAGACUUUGUUAUGAAAGAUCUAGAUUUGUGCUGAAUGCAUGUGGGAUGUAUAAAGUUAAAGGGGCACUGCACUGAUUUUACAUUAAGUUUACUCGUCUUGAGGAAUAGUACCUAUCCUGUGAAAACAUUCAAAUGCAUUUUUGUUAUUCCAGUUGCACACACUGUAUAAUUUCUGUUUCUCUGUGGGUACUUUUCUUAAGUGUUGGAAAGUGACCCUGGUGAUGUCAUCAGCGGGUUACAGAAAGCUUGUGUUGCAACCCUUCUUUUGCUGGAGUGCUCCUGUAAUACUAAGGCUUCAUGAAAUGACUGUAACUGCACCAGCUUCUCUAAUAGACAGACACAAUGUAACACAAUACACUGAAUAAUUUAUGUACCUUAAAAGGUAGUGUCAGAAUGAAAGCUACUUUUCAUAAUAAAUAAU